AUGGGGCUUGCGGCUGGGUUUAUGUCUUCUCUCUAUGCUGGAACUUCCCUUGUCAUGGCAUCCCCUUUGGAUUUUAUUGCCAAUCCUCUUCUCUGGAGUGAUAUGGUCGAGACCUACAAGGCCACCCUUACCUGUGCCCCCAACUUUGCCUAUGCCUUGCUCCUCAAACGCUUAGAGCAGGCCAAUCAGACUGCCAACUGGAGUUGUGUAAAGCGUGCCAUGUUUGGUGGGGAACCUGCCCAGAGCCGUGUUGUGGAAGCAGCAGCAAAAACCCUAUCCAUCAAGCCAGAACACAUUUACAACAUCUAUGGCAUGGCAGAGUCAGUGGUGUUUCUUACUGGUGGACCAGCUAAUCCAGACUCCGAGGGGCUUGUCAGCUGUGGCGAAGCAGCUUCACCUACGCUCAAACUUCAAAUUGUUGAGGAUGGAAAAGAGGUCGAAGAAGGACAGGUUGGAAGCAUCUGGGCUCAGUCUCCUAGAGUGGCAGCUGGGUACUAUGGUCAGUCUGAGCUAACCACCGCUACCUUUGCCAAUGCAUUGCCCGGCUAUGACAGUCCCUGGCUUGACACUGGUGAUUUGGGCAAGAUUGUGGAUGGGCAGCUCUAUGUAACUGGACGCGUCAAAGACGUCAUCAUUAUCAAUGGCAAGAACUACUACCCAACCGAUGUGGAACUCUCCAUUGAUGAAACCUUUGGUGAUGUUAUCCGUCCAGGGAGGACCACUGCCUUCCAGCAUGGAGAAGAUAGCAUUGGUAUCACCGUAGAAGGCCGCAAAGGUUUUGACAAGACAGCAAAAUCAGAUUUGGCUCUUCAGAUAUCCAAUCAUGUUUCUCAGGUUCACGGGUUGUUAGCUCAUGAAAUGGUUGUUCUCAAGCUUGGGGUGACACCCAAGACUACCUCUGGCAAGCUGAAGAGGAGUGAAAUCAGGCAGACUACUGUCGCACGGGACUGGAAAGAAUCCUCUGUGCUGCUACACUUUGAACGGAAGGAAGUUGCUGCUCCUCUUCCUCAGCAACAUGUUGCUGUUGUGGGGGCUGGGGCUGCUGGCCUCAUUGCAGCACUCCGAUUGGCUCAACGAAACAUCAAAGUUACACUGCUGGAAUGCAAUGAGCAAAUUGGUGGACAUGCAAGACACGUGGAAGUUUUUGGGCAUGAACGCAAUCCCGCUUUCGGAGUGUUUAUUUCGAACGAAUCACCAAAUCUAAUGGCUCUGGCAGAGGAGCUUGGGGUGGCACCAAUUCAUCUUGGCGAGUCAAGGCAAGCACGUGGUUUGGUUUCCCAAAAGUCUCAGCCUAUUCCUGAGGUUCCACAAUCGGAGAUCAGCCGCUUCAUAGCUGAAAUGCAACGAGUUCACAAGGCUGGCUCUGGUCAGAAUGAGACAAUUGGUGAAUUCCUGGACCAGAAUGGAUAUGAUCAGCACUUCAUUGUGUACUUUUAUGUUGGCAGAAUUGUCAGCUUUUUUGCUGGGCAGUCCAUUCAAGACUACCUCAAUAUUCCAUUGGAGCUGGUUGCUUGGUUUGUUAUAAUUGGUUUUGCCAAGAACAGGGCCCUCCUCCGAAUGAGCAACAGAGAAUACAUGGAGUCCUUCUGGGCACAGUUGCAAACCCUGGGUGUUGAAAUCAAGACAAAUGUGGCCACCAAGGUAGUAUUUCGUGAUGAUUCUGGAGUCACACUCAGCACAGGCUCCUGUGGUAAUGAAGAUGUUCUGAAGGUUGACAAGCUUGUGUUGGCAGUUCCACCAAAUGCUGCUGCCCAAAUCCUUGAAAAUUUUAUGUCACCACAAGAGAAUGUUCUGACUGAAUUUGAUUGCCCCUUGGAAACAGUUGUGAUGCACACAGAUUCAAAAUGGAUUGACAGCAAGACACCAUGUGUGCUGUUUGCCAAUAUUCUGGAUUGGGGCAAAUCAACUUUGCCUGCAGCCUCUGACACCAUUCCUUUGACGACAUCAUUCCCAAGUGACACAGAUGGCAAAACGCCAAUUUAUGUUACACAUGCCUAUAACACAUAUGAAGAGCUUGAGUUUGAUUCUCCGGUGGAAACGAUGUCAUUUACUCAUACCAGAAUUACAUGCAAGGCCAUUGAGCUCCGAAACUCUUUGCUGCAGCAUCAAGGGAAUAAUUCUACCUAUUUUGCUGGUGGAUGGACACGAGGGACAAUGCUACACGAGGACGCCAUUGUUAGUGGAAUUCUAGCAUCCAAUGCUGUGCUAGAGAACUUUGGCAUGAAGCCACACCCUGUGCUUGAGCGAGAGACUAUUGUUCCAUCAAAUCACUUGAGUGGUGGUGGCAUAACUGAUCACGGACAGUCAGACAUCCAAGCACCAACAAAAGAUGGCUUUUCCAACCGAUACUCAGAUAUAAUAUUGUCUGUUUUCGGGUCAGAGAUUGACUCAUCCAAGACAUGGGCAGAGAAUGGGCUCACAUCCCUAAACAGUGCAGAGCUCAGGAACAGGGUUGAGGAAAAGCUACCUGUAGUCCUUCCAUCAAACUUUGAACAACUCUAUGCAACCCCAAAAGAGCUUGAAGUGUUUCUGGUCUCAUCAGAAGGCAAACACUUUCCUUGCAAUGCAGCUGCUGAGCAUGUUGACUUCCACUGGAACAGUCCCGGGUCACAAUGCGGCAAACUUGAGAUGAGUAUUGCUCAAGUUCUGGGUUUUAUAGCUAUCACACUGGUGCUGUUGACUGCCAUUUUCCCAUCUUAUCUUGUUGCAGCAAGACUGGCGAGCAAAUGCAGCACCUCUGAAGACCAACAGUGCUUGAAGACCAGCUUCCUGUGGUUUCCACUCCUGUUCCCCUUAUUUGUCUUUUCUUUUUCCAUCAUGGUGGUUCUUUGCAAGAUUCUUGUUGUUGGUAUGUACCGCCCCCAGGAAAUCAAUUUGAUGUCCUGGCACUACCUAAGGUGGUGGUUUGUUGAUCGAUUGCUGCAUAUCUGGGAGCUUUUUGUUGGUAGAUUCUUGUUGGAAACAAAGUUUGCCUGGUUAUUCUACCGGCUUCUUGGUGCUGACCUUGCAUGGUCUACAAAAAUUGAUGCAUUCAUUCGAGAGUGUGAUCUUGUCAGUGUUGGGGUCAAUUCAUCAGUUAGCCAUGCUAUACGAUGCAGAAAAUUCAGGCCAUGGACUGAGGGCAGUCCCAGGAUGAUAUUUCGUCCAAUCAUUGUUGGGCCAAACUGUGAGGUGUCUGGAAUGAUAAGCCCUGGGGCUGUUAUUGGAGCUGGGUGCAUAGUUGAAAAGUUGACUGUGGUGGAGGAAGGAGCUCAAGUUCCAGAUUGUGUCAUCGCCAGAGGGAUUCCAGCACACAAUGGUGGUUCAUACAAUCAUCAUACGUCCAACUGGAAGGAAGAGUCCCUGCUUGAUGGUUUCAAGAUUCUCUGGAUGGUUUCAGAAGCCUACCAUUACUCUGCUCUAUACUUCCUUGCCCAUGGAAUCCUCAACAAUAUAUUACCAAUCUGGCGCUACCAUGUUGUUCUGCACUGGUUCCUGCUCUUUCCUCUGGCUUCGUUGUUUGCUGUGGUGACUAGCAUCCUCAUGAAAUGGCUCUUGAUUGGAAAGAGAGAUCCAUCUGAGGCCUAUCAAGGUACAUGUUGGAGGAGAGCUACCAACUGGGCAUGUGAUUACCACUUUCGAGUUGCUGCUUGGAUGCUUGGAAAGUUUAUGGGGACUUCUAGAUUUGAUACAUUUGCUCUUUGGUGUCAUGGCCUUGAUGUUGAUGUUGUAUCUGUUCUGCACACUGCCUCUACAAUUUUUUCUCCUUCGAAGGUUGAUUAUGUGAAGAUACGCAACUCUUUUCUUGCUCUUACCGAAAUUGAACUGGAUAUUCCCUCUGGUGAGAAAAUUGAGAUUUCCCACAGCUCGGUUGGAAGGAACACCAUUGUUGGUGCUGGUGCCAAGGUCAUCCGAUCAAACCUACCAUCCAGAAGCCAAGUGUCUGACAAGAUCUAUGACUUCAACCCUCCAAACAGGUGUUUGGAGGCGACAUGGCGCUUCAUCCUGCUGGAAGUGAUUCUUCCUGAAGUUGCCCUCCUGAUUUUGAUUGCCAUAAUCUUUUGGAGUAUUAUCCCUGUGUAUGAAUUGUCUGCAGCAAUCAUAGGAAAAAGCUCUUCUCCGAGUGUUCUUGUCCUGGUUAUUGUGGGGGCUACCGUGUUUCAGUUCCUUAUCUGGAUCCUCCUUGCCAAGAUUAUUGAGUGGGCCUUUCUCAAUGUGGUGCCUCAGAACGGAUUCUUCCACGUCUAUAUCUUUUACGCAAUCUGGUUUCGUGGAGGGAACCCAAUUGAGAUGGUUCUAAUGGGAACAGUAUUCUUCAAGCACUAUGCUCAAUUCAUGGGUGCUGAAGUCGAUGGGGAUCUUUUGUUUUUCGAUAGCAUUCUGUUGGAGUUUGGGAACUACCACUUCCAGGGGAACACCUACCCUCGUGGCCACUAUUUUGAUAUCAAUGGGCUCACCAUAGAUGAUGUCUAUAUUUCUGGAGUUGUGCACCCUGGAUGCUACAUUGCAGCUGGAGCUGUUGUGAAUGCUGAAGAAUGUGGCCCAUGGAAAUCUUUCUUUCCCUCAGCUGCCGAAAAGGUUGCUUCUAGCAAAAGACAUCCUUCAAGGCAGAGUCUCCAAGGUGGGACUGAUCGCAUGAGAAGUGAAAGACUCCAAGAUUACUUCCAGAGAUCGCCUUAUCUGGCAGAGAGUGACUCUACCACAAUUCAACCAGUUAGAUCCAUUUCAGAGAAUUCAUGUGAAGUUGGUGUGAGUCCAGAAUCGCCAGCAGCAAUGUCUAAGGCUGGCUUAUUGUCUAAAGAUUCAUCAUUGAGGGCAACUUGUGCUUUGGAAUUGGGCAUACCAGCAACAAGCUUUGAGCUACCCAAUAGUCAAGGAGAGGGAACAACAUCGCUUCAAGAUCUGGUUGAGACUGGCAAAUGGACAGUCCUCUAUUUUUAUCCCGCUGCCUUUACAUCUGGUUGCACCUUGCAGGCCUGCUCCUUUCAACGGGACAUUGACCAGUAUCGACAACUCAAUGCCCAAAUUGUUGGAGUGUCUGUUGAUUCUGUUGAAAAGAACAAGGCCUUUUGCAGCGCGGAGAAUCUUGGUUUCUUCAUGCUCUCAGAUCAAGGAGGGUGUGUCUCACAGACAUAUGGAUCAGCAGUGUCCAUUCCUGGAUCUGGAACUAUUAGCAAUCGCCAAACCUACCUCAUUGAUCCUCAAGGUAGAUUGCGCUGGAUCUUUCAUGAUUUUGAAAGUCGCAUUGCAAGGCACUCCAAAGAUGUCCUGGACAAACUACAAGAACUGGAAGCAACAGACGAAAUUUGCUGA